UUAGAUUUUCCGUACAAGUCGGACGAGUUCGGUGGUUUGGAACUGAGCGUCAGAGAUCGGGAGCAGCGCCAUAUCGGGUGUGGCACGAAUGUAAGCAUUGAUACGGUCGGCAUGUUCAGCGACAAAGAGUACGUCACGAAGCAGUUGCGGUUGUGUGGGCUCCAAUGUGGGCGUCGUCAGCGACAACUCAGUCAUCAGAGCGGGUCGAUCCUUGGAAACAUUUCCAUCGAAGUUGACAGUAUGACAGUCAUCACCAGUGCCUUGACGUUUCUUCAGUACUUGCAUCAGCGAUUCGAAUGGAUCCGAGAGAGGGCUCAUCAGACUACGAAAACCAUGACCGUCAACGAUUUUUGA